GCUGCGAUAUUGAAGGUCUCAGAGUUAUGGCUGUUUCUUUCAGGGCGCCAAUAAAGAGAUUUGAAAUAACGGACCCAAAAGAACGAAAAGCUCCUCCUCUUGCCCCGCCCCCUGUGAGUGGCACGGAUCACCCGUCAUACCGGAGGCAGCGCUGCUCGGUAGACUGUCUCCCGACCCUCAGACAGCGGCGGACAGGAAACUGGCGGAUGUACUGAUGGAUCCUGUCUCCGCUGACUUUCCCGUGAUGUUGGCGUGUGUUUCGGCUUGUUGUCGCCAUCCUGCCGGCGGUGUGUCCGGUCAGACCGACUGACGGUGGAUGUGUGACGGCAGCGAUGCGCUCGGCUUAUUGCUUCAGGCGUUGAAGGCGCUUUAAAAACACCUCCAUCAGUCCCCGAGUGAGAGGCGACUGGAGCUGUCUGGUGGGUCCUCCUUGGCUAAGAUUGUGAGAACCUGAAGUUUUUCCCUUUUUAAAGCUUUUCCAUCCCCUCCUGAAUCCUGCUUGAUUCCUCGAUGGGUUCCCGCAGCCAGAGCUUCUUCCACCAUCAUCACCACCACCACCAUCGCAGCUCCAUGGUUCCCGCCACAGUGCCAAGGCUGCUGCCAGAGAGCGGGAGUCUGCUGGGGGGCAUCGCUCAAAUCACCCCAAACCUAUUCCUCAGCAGAGGGAAUGUGGCGUCCAACCGCAGCCUGCUGUUGUCCAAAGGCAUCACCUGCGUGGUCAACGCCACUAUCGAGCUGCCCAACUUCAACUGGCCACACAUGGAGUACGUGAAGGUCCCCCUGGCAGAUAUGCCCCACUCCCCCAUCUCCUUGUACUUCGACAGCGUGGCCGACAAGAUCCACAGCGUGGGCCGCAAACGAGGCGCGGUGCUGGUGCACUGCGCGGCCGGGGUGAGCCGCUCGGCCUCGCUGUGCCUGGCGUACCUCAUGAAGUACCAGCGCGUGUCUCUGGCUGAAGCUCAUGCUUGGGUAAAGGCUCGCCGUCCCGUCAUCAGGCCCAACAGUGGCUUCUGGCGCCAGCUAAUUGAGUAUGAGAGGAUGCUGUUUGGCAGGAACUCUGUUAAGAUGGUCCAGACGCCAUACGGGAUCAUACCUGAUGUUUACGAGAGGGACCGCAGAACCCUCGCUCCUUACUGGGGCCUCUGAGCAUCUGCGCUGACUGUCCAUUUAUAGUGAGGGAUUAAGGUGGAAAGUGAACCUCUUUUUCCCGCUUGGACUGCAGGUUUCAGGCCUGUUCUUGUGAGGUGAAGUGAGAUGUGAGUGUAGAUGUUUCUGAAGCAUAUUUACUGAAAAAGAAUAGAGGAAAUUUAACCCAACACUGUUUAUUGAUGGUGCUGCAGUUUGGUCUUUGAGGAAGCAAAGCGACUUAAAGCCCAGGAAUCAUCAAAUCAGAUGAUACGAGAGUAACAUAAAUGUGCUGGACUUUACACCCAGAGCUUGGAAGCUAGUACGAUGGUCUAUUUCCUGAUGUGUUCUCCCACUUCCAGAGGAGGCGAGCAGUCUGAGGGGGUACUGAAUGUGCUCGAGCCUCUGCAGCUCUGACAGUGAUGUCCCUUUCCUGACGUGGUGUCAUGUGGUGAUAUUGUGUCAGUUUCCCAGUAAUAUUUAAUGUGAAGGGCAGCAGCAUGCUCUGAAUUUAUGGUAGCAUUAAAGAAAAGUCUGCAGAAAAAUAACACAUAGGCACAUUAUUUUAUUGCAAUGUACUGAUAGUUGGGGGGAGGCAUAUGGUGCACUUUAUCCAAACAUUCAAAGAUGUUAUAUCUAACCUUUUUAAAGGAGAAAUUUCAAAACAUGUAAGUUAGAAGUGGAAGGCUUAGUGAAAUCUCCUGUGUAACACAGGGUUGACUGUCUCAUUGUGUGACCACACUAUGUUAUUGUAGUGCUACUUGAUGCUGUAAUAAAAAGAAUAUCUGCUGCUUUA